AAAUAUGCACUUAACUGAUAAGUUACGUCACAUUUUGGCAUCCGGAAUGUUUAUUACGUGAUGCUUAACAAUAUAAAAAUCAAACUUUAGUAUAAUCAAAGAAGGAAGAAGAUGUGGCUCGGUUUUCUCUGCAUACUAAGCUUCGUUGCAAGUGCUUCCUUAUACUGCGUGCCUUGUAAAGAAGUUACGUGCGAUAGAGUGCCAAGCGACUGUCCCGUAGGAGUUACAAAAGAUCCUUGUGGAUGCUGCGGAGUUUGUGCAAAGAACCUGGGCGAUCCUUGCGGAGGACCUUUUAAUUCUUACGGAACCUGCGGAAUCGAUCUAGUUUGCGACUUGGGGGAUUUUCCACCUAACGAAGAUCCACGUGAUUACGCCGAUGCUCCUAUCGGGAAAUGCAUCGUGGGUAGAAGAAUGACAACUACCACUUCCACUCCCGACUUUACCGUUCCCGACAUACUUCAAUGAAAGUGGACAAUAUAAUGGAGCGGGUGUCAUUAUUCUGUUUAUAUUAUUCAUCGAGCGUGUUGUAAUUUUAUUAUUGCAUUAGUAAGAUGUCUGUAUUGGAGUAAUGUAAUAAAAAAAAUCAUAAUGUAUAAAUAA